CUUGUUGCUUGGUUACCAUGUUUUCACGUAAAGGCUGAGGAAAGUGAUGUGCACUUGAAGAUAUUCUGGAUUGGAAAACAACGUGAUGGAUUUCAGAAUAAGACAGUACUUGACUUCAGCUGAAAAUUAUAAAGAUAUCUUUGACUUAAAGAAUGCUUAUCAAUUGAUUAAGGCCACCAAUCAGGAGCGACCAGCAGUUGAUGGUGCAGAAGCAUUUAACUCUGAUUUAUAUGUACUAUGUGCAGAGCAAGGAAUUCAGCUUGGGCAACCAGACAUAAGCAAAGAUUGUUUAAUGAUGUAUUUUAAAGGAAAGCCACCUCCAAAUCAGUUUCUGGGUCGAGCUUACUUGUGCCAGGGCCAAUUGCAAGCUCCAGGGUCAUCUGAACAUCUGGAUAAAUUUGAAAAAUCUGCAGCUUAUUUUUUGAAGGCAAUGCUGUUUGCAAAAGAACAGCCCAGGUAUCAUUUCUUGGUUUACAAUGCCACAGUGCUUUACUGGAAGAUGGUGAGACCAUUUCUGAAACCAGGUAGCCGAUAUGUUUUAAUCCCAAGUCUUACUCGGGUUGUAAAAGCUUUGGAUGAAACAGAAGAACCAGACUAUGAAUGGAGAGGCCAGCUUAUGAUGGAAUUAAUUGAAUGCUUUUUAGAUGCUGGAAAGACAAAGGAGGCGUCUAACGCUGCAAGCACUGCUGCUGAUUUUAUUAAAGCCAACGUUCCACAGAGAUACCAUCAGAUAUUUUCUUUGCAGGUACGAUACAAAUUUAUAGAUCCUGCCAGAGUAGCAAAGGAGAUAAAGAGCUCCAUGGUAUUAUCAAUCAUCCAGAAGAUCCAGAAGCUUAAAUCGUCAUUAGAUGCAAAGGAGCCAUUAAAAGACAUCCCACAAAUCCUGAAUGAAAUCCACCAGAAUUUUGCACAGUAUGAUUUGGAGUAUUUUUCUCCUGCCGAGCAGUUGGAAAAAAUCCCUUUGCUGUUAGAACUUGCCUGGCUUUCACUGGAUUUAGGUUGUCAUGAGACUGCAUUUGCUUGUCUGAGUGAUGCGAAGAAAGUAGAAGUUACGAUCCCAGGAAACCUUAUUGAAAUAGAAUGCUUGGAAUGUUACUGUGAAAUUCAGAAACUUGGAUUCAAAGCAGAAAUUUACACCAAGGAUGUUGUUGAGAAACGACUAAAGUUGAUAGAAAGAGUGGAUGUGGCUCUUCAAAAUGCAGUACGUUAUGGAGAACCUAAUGUAAUUCAAGUGGCAUGUGUCACUCAGUGGAAUCUGUGUCUGCCAUUGCUUCAGCAUAACUUACGGAAAUCUGUAAGGAAAACAUUACGCCACGUAGCCGAUGUCCUGGAGCAGAUUAACAGCCUAAUGAUUCAGUUUCGUUGUCAAGUACAUGUAGAGAUUGCACAGAUUGAAGAUGAUGAAGAUCAAAUAGAAUCUGCUAUUGAACAUGCCAAAAAAGCACUGCACCUGGAUGAGAAAUUAUGCUCUCAUGAGUUUCUUGAAGUGCUUCUUCAUCGCCUUCAGUUACGUGCCACAUUGUAUGAGACACCCAAAAGCAGCGAGGAUCAUGCUGCUAUGAUUAUUGAGCAGUGCAGAAAAGGAACUGAGAAUGACCACGUGAGAAGGAAACGGCCAUUGUUAGUACAAGCUGGGCAACUUCUGGCACCAGAUGCAUUUCAAACUGUCCUAGACAGUGAAAGUGAGACGAAAGUUACUUCGGGUGCAGCUAACAUUGGACUGAUAAGUCAGCUAUGUGCAAAAGCACAACAUCAUACCACAUGUGUGCAGAAGGCUGCUGGACAUCUGAAGAGACUGGGUGAUACAAUGGACAGAGAAAGAAUGAGACUUUGGGCAGAUUUAGCAAAGGUAGCACGAAAGCAAGAAGUAUGGGAUGUGUGUAGGGCAGCGUGUAGAUUCUGCCUGCUUUAUGAUGAUGGGAGAUGGACAGCCUCAAAAGGAGUCGCCAAUGGAAGUCAAGGUGGAGGUACACAACUAAGAACAUCACCUGUCCUUAACAGCUCAUCUGCUUAUGAACGAGAUUUAUUAAGAAUUCUAGCAGAAGUAUGCUUCAUUAAUGGAGAGGCAUCUAUUCACCUGCUGAGAUCAGAGGGCUGUCAACUUAAUGAGCCUGCAGUCCCACCCAAAGAUACCAGUAAGCAUCCAAUAGGACACUUAGCGAAAAAUCCAGAUGAAGAUCCUGAAUGGAAAAUAUAUAGAGAUUGGAUUGCUCAUUUAUCCCAGUGUGCUUCAGAAAAUUUUCUUCGAGCUGCAAGAUUAGGAGUAGACUUGAAUGAAGCCUGGAUUGUAUGUAAUGCAGCUGUGUAUAUUCUAAAUUACAACAAACACAUCAUAACUUCUGGAAGGCAAAGGGAGAUUAUGAAAACCCUCCAGACACUGUACGAUGCAUUCAUACAAGUAGGACACAAUGGUGAAACAGUACUUCUCGCAAUGCUGUCCAAUGCAUUGGCUCAAGGCCUGAUUAAUCCCUGGAUCAAGUACUCAUCUAAGAAGUCAGAAGAAAAGAAAGAAACAGAAAAGAAUUCUCCAGUUGGGAAAAGGAAGAAAAGUGCUCAAAAAGGAUCUGAGAAAACAAGUAACGUGCAGACUGCAUUUGUGGAGCCUGAUGGACUUCCUGAUGUAAAAAAAGCUUUGGAGGUUUGUGAACAUAUCCUGAGUCUGACAAAUGGCGCCAUUCCAUCAGAGGUGGUGUGCAUUGCUGUACGUCAGCAAGUUUUAUCUACAUGGGUUAAAGUGAAACAAAUGCUCCAGCAUCAGAUUGGAAGCAAACUUGGCACUGAAGAUGAGAAUAAUAAUGAAGGGCAAAACCUUAUGACAAAAAUUCUUGUUGCUUUGGAAAUGUACAGCUGCAAUGGGUGUGGACUAAUGGAGUUUACUGUUCCUGCCUUACAUGUGGUGGCAAAAAUGGCCUUGGAGUGUAAAUGGACCGAUACCUUAUUAGAAUUGCAAACAUGGACAUGUUUAGCACACUUUGCCUAUGCAGCUCGUGAUCAUGAAAUGGUGAUGACUUGUUCUCAGAAGGCUCUGCAGCUAGAUAAAAUAAUUGACAAAGAUGCAGCGUGGAAGAAACAAAAUGUCCAGGACUAUAACAUCACACAAGAGAUGCUCAGCAAAGCUGCAUGUUUUCAAGGGCAAAGUAUUUUGGACCAUUUGGCAUGGAAAUCACAACUACGCAAGGAGGCAUUCAAGUGCUUUGAAAUGAGUGCAAGAUAUGCAGAGAAAGCAGAAAAUUUCAGUUUUGUAAUGGUGGCUGCAAAACUGUUCUGGAAUGCAUGUCUUCCACUUAUUCCUUCUCCUGGAGAAAGAGCAUAUAUGAAAGACUCUCUAAAAACAAUCCUUAAUGCCAUCUCUGUCACCUGCCCUGAGUACAAACAGCCAGAAGAGAAAAAGACUGCAUACGUACAGCAUAUUAUACCUGAAAAAACAGGCAACUCAACGCAUGGUGUCUUCAAAAGUUCUGAGGACACAACAAAUGACCUGAUGCUUAUAGCAGCUAUGUAUGGACUUUUAUUUCAUAUAUAUGCUGACCAGAAGGACUGGGAAAGAGGACUAAAAGUUCUUGAUGAUGCUGUUCAAACCCUGCCGAGGACAAGGCACAGACUAUUAAUUUUUAAACACAGAGUUAUAGUGAAGGCGAGACUGGGCCGCAGUUUCAUGAUGGAUAUUCAGAAAUUUAAAGAUGAAGAUGAAGAGUAUGUCUCUUACAUGUGGCACCGUGUUGCCGCCUGCUGCAGAGAAAAGGCUGAGCAGUUAGACUGCUAUCUUAAUGCUAUUGAAACAUUACAGCACUCCAAAAUGGAUUGGCAGAAGGUUGAUUAUUUGAUAGAAUUUGCAGAAUGGCUUUAUUGCAGACAAUUUCCAGUCAUUGAUGCACUCAGCAUGUUAGACUGGGCUGUAGAUAUUCUACUGCUGAUGGGAAUUGCAGAAAAAUCAAACCCUAAAGAAGAAGCAGAGCAUAGAAAUGAAUCUCUGAUUCCUGUGAAGACAGAUGCACAAAUUGGAGUUAAAUCUAUGGAUCCCAAUAUGUCUUUUGCAGAUAUAAGAAGUGUGAGACAGCUGGAGGCACUUGCCAGAGCGCACACAUUAAUGGCUGUGAUCUCAGGCCAGGCCUCAUCUCAUCACCAAGAGCAUUGUUUAAUGGCCUAUACAUAUAUUUUGCAGAUCUGGAAGCUCUCAUUGUCAGCCGUAGGUCCAUUGUUAAAAGCACUGACAAAAACGCAACCUUCUCCCUCUCAACAAACACCAAGAGCAACACCAAGGAAAGACAAUACCAAGAAAGAAAGAAAAGAGGCAGCUCCUCCCACUGUAACUGAGAAAUCAAAACGAAAAGGAGUGCCUGAUGCCCUACCAAGUGGCAUAGAAGAAUGGGCAAACUAUGAUUGCCCUGAAGAAGCCAGAGACGUCUUUAAAAUGAAUUCUCCUUUAACAGUCAGCAAGAAUAACAUCAUAAAACCUAUGCACUGCUUGUAUUACAUAGAUUUGCUGGUGGAAGAAAUGAAGGUUGCAGCACUCGUCCAUUUAACACUACCUGUUCUGCAGCUGGCUGAAGUCAUUUCCCAGGUUGUGGUUGACAGUAAAAGCCUUUCUGACCUCUACCAUCUCAGAAUUUCUAAAGUAUGCUCAGAACUCGGUUUGUGCCAGGCAGCCCAGUACCACAGAAAAGCAGCUGGAACAAAAUAUAUUCAUGAGGAAGAACAGAUCAGGUGCCGGCAAGAUAUAUUGCAGAAGCAACACCUACAGAGAUUAAAAGAUGAUGCAAAACACUUAGCUAAGCAGCCAUCUGCUCCGGGAGUCAGUACAGCAACCAAAAACAUUACGAAAGGCGUUGAAGUGAAUCUAGAAGCAUCUAAGAACAGCAUUUCUGGAAAGAAGCUAAGUGGUCUUUCAAUUCCAGAUAUGUGGAUUGAUAAGGCAGAACUUUGUCUUCAACUGGGCCUGUAUGAGCCAUCCAGACAACUUCUGUCAGAAGCACAUGCAGCAGCAGCGGAACUGGCAGACAAAGAUGCCGUGGCCAGAUGCUUGUAUCUCCUAGCUGUAAUGGCUAACCAAGAAAAGAACCACAAGCAAGCAGAAGCUCUUCUGAAUGAGGCACAGAAUAUUGGAGGGGAUGAACAUUUCUGGUUUAAUACUGUAUGCGCUCUUGUGCAAGCUCUUCUGGGGGACAAUGCCAGCGUAAAUGUCACAGUGGCUUGUGAACUUCUCCAGCAUACUGUAAAGGUGUUCAGAUCUGCCUUAGAAGAGAAGCCUAAUCGGUCAUCUGUUCUAGGAUUUAUGAUUGCUUCAAUGGAAUUUAGAAUGGUGUCGAUACAGAUCAAGGCAGAGCUCGAUCCAAAUGCUAACAAAGACAACUCACCAGAAAUCGCUAAAUCUUUACUUGAUGCAUGUGAUAAGAUGAGCCACAUUGAAACUGAAUUCUUACAGUAUGGAUAUAUGGAAAAGAGUGCUGAGGUCAUGAUGGAGCAUGCUAACCUCCUCAGGGUUCUGGCUAAACACACUACUAACGAAGACCUGAAACAUCGCCACUUCUUAGAUGCAUACGCCCUAGCUCAACAAGCGGUUAUUAUUCAAGAGGAAGUGUUCCGUGACAUUUACAGUUUGCUUUCAUAUCCAGAGACUAGAAAUAUUUCAUUACCAGCAGCUCAAAAUCUUACUGAUCUCAAGGUAAAACUGGCAGAAAUUGCACUGGAUAUGCUUCAACAGAGGAAUGCUGAAGAGAGGAAAAAGGCUCUUGAUGACGAAAAGAAAGAACCACUUCUGAGAGCUGUUGAAGAGUUUGUAAGGGAAACUCCUGAUCUCAUGUCUGUCAUUCAGGAGUGGAUAACAACGUGCAAGUCUGUCGGCCAUGCAGCCUUAGUUCAGUUAGAAUGUGCACACAGUUUAAGUGGCAGUUCCACAGAGAGGAGAGCAGAGUGCUUGUACUUAAUGGGAAAAUGUCUUCAUUUAGCUGCUGCCCAGAUGGAUCCUCUUAGUCCUUGUGUCCAGUGGGACCCCAGCAGUCAGGAAGAGGCCAACAUACUGCUAAUGAAGCAAGAAAACAACGAAGAAACGGAGGAGAAACCUGAAAUGUUCGACUUAAAAGUCACACAACAGCAGCAUAAGAAAUCUGCUACACUCACGAGUGGCAGGAAUUCCGCCCAACAGUACAUGUCACAAGCGACUGACAUUCUGCUUCAGUCCAUAUACGUGUCUUUCAACAACAACUAUAUUGAUUUGUUGGCAGCUGCAGCUAUAGAAAUGGUUGAACUCCUUGGGCAGUUUGAUUCACUGUCAGCAGCACAGUAUUUGGCAUUAUAUCAGAGUUGUACUGCUGCAAUGAUGAUGAAGGAUGUGUUACUAGCAGCCACUUCUGACACGAGUAACUCCGAGCUGGCAGCGCUAUUGCACCUUCACUGCCAACGAAGGGAAGCAAAAGACCGCGGAGAGAAUGGUUUCCUUAAAAUGGUUGAAGAAAGGAUUAGCGCAAUUUCAAUGGCAUGGAACAAUCUCAUUGUGCAGUCCCAGCAUCUGAAUUACUUGAAUGACAUCCCACCAGACCUCAGCUUACUUAUACUUCAACAUUCACAAGACCGGUCACUACUUUAUGGUGCAUUUAUUAACAAGCCAAAUGAUAGCCAAAAAGCCAAAGUUAGUCACCAAGGAGGAUUGCCAGUAAAGGCUAAAGUUGCUCGUGUUGCUGUGAAUUCUGAUACAUUGUCUGGAUUGCUAGAAAAAAAUGCCACUUUCAAACAAGAAGCAAUGCAAGCGCUAUUGAAAAGAGAGUAUCGUCACAGUCAAGUAGCUCAGCAGGCUGUAUUCCAAAAAGAUGACAAAACCUUUCCAUCCCUUGAAUCAGAAGCACCGAAAGUCCAUACCAUUACAGAUGGAGAUCGUAAACUCACGUCUGAUUUUCAGAUUAUUGUUGAUACCAUGGAGGACUAUCUUCAGCCUAUUCUGUCACAAUUUGACUUUUCAAUUUUUAGGCAGCAGACCCAGCCAGGCUCUGCAACUGAUUCCGCAAAAAUAAAAAGUAAAGACAAAGAAGAAAAGCCAGCAUCAGCUAAGGCAGUGUUGGGUCCACCACCAGAUACAGGAAAAAGCAUCAUUCUGCUGGCAGAUAAGUCAUUAAUGGAACUACCUCUUGAAGCCCUAAGAGACUUACAACAUGAAAAUAUUGGCUCUCUCUCCAGGUGUUUUUCACUGCAGCAUUUGCACAGCUGUUUGCACAGAGAAGAAACAGUGGAAGGUGACACCAAGAAAACUUCUAAAGAAGGCAAAGAAGCUAAGUCUAAAGAAGAAAAAAAGAAGACCAAAGGGGUAUCCAUUAAUCGUGAGCUACCACCAAACUGUAUUCCUGUGGACACAAACAGCUUCAGGUAUAUUGUUGAUCCUUAUCACGAGGCAAGGGACUCGGAAGAAUUUAGUCCAGCAAAGAAAAUGAGUGAAAUCCUGGAGAAAUACGGCCAUCAGUUUGCUUCUCAAUGGGAAGGCGACAUGGGCAGUCAGCUUGUUCCAAGUUAUGACAGAUGGGAGUAUCUGAUGAGCAGUUGCAGUGCGUUUAUUUUCUAUGGAACAGGACAAUUCUUGUCAUACUUAUUACCUUCCAGAAUGGCUGCCAUGGAUUUAACCGAUUGCCAGGUUGCUAUUUUGUUAGACUUGGUACAGACAAGACAAAGUUUUGCAAGGCUGUCGAAACUUGACUUGGAGAAAAGUGACUUAUGGUUAUCACUGGAGAGACCAAUAGAAACAGCAGUGCUUCUCAGUCUAGCUGGAGUUCGUUCUGUUAUCCUUAAUCAGUGGCCCAGCACCCUUCAGCAGAAUGCUGUAAAGUUAGAAUUCUUGUGUGAAAAUUUAUUACAAAUUGGGAAGACGACUGGUCAGACAAUAUGUGCUCUUUGCCGGAACAAACCACAUGAUUUUAGACAGUCUGAUAGAGAAGACCCAGGUAACUGCAGCCCAAGGAACAGAGAAGAUCCAAAAGGCAAUGAAAAGUCUUUUCAACCAAAAAUCUGCCCUUCACUUUUCAACUGCGUGAUGUAUGGAUUGCCUAACUUAGUUGUUACAUAAAUACUAAAUAAUUUUAUUUUUGUAUAAAGUGGAAGGACUAUGCUGCAUUAUCGUACAAUUGUUGUGACAUGUGCCAGUUUCAUUUAAGAUGCUUUGCUUGUUCCUGCAAUAAACUCUGAUGAAUACAG